UUCGUGUUUAGCCGGUGUAGGCAGUCAUUGUAAAUACGAUUUUUUUCUUAACUCACUUGCCUAGUUAUAUAUAAAACAAAUAGUUUGCUAUCAUGUUUUUCUUUUCUUUUUUAAAUGUAUCACACGCCUAUCUCUAUCCUAGUCCAGGGGUGUAAUCAUUUGUCCAAGAAAAACAAGAGUGUCUAUUGGACAAAUUAAUGUCGAUCACGUUAAAAGAAACGUCUUGCAACAGAAUCGGCCCAAUGAAUAGGUCCAGUUGAGGUUAAACUUCGACAAGGGUAUUUUUUUUCAGGGGGGGAGGCUAGAACGAGAGUUCCCAUGUUUUGUUGCCUUUCAUGUUUCCUCUCCAAUCAGCCGUGAGCGGGCGUUUUAAAAGGCGUUUCCUUUCCUCUAGUUCACUGCAAAAACAAUGAAACCCUUUGAAGGGAGAGACAUUUUAAGACCGAUAUAGACAUUUGAAGACAGAUAGACAGGACAAUGCGCUGUGCCUUCUCCUGUGUUCUUUUUUUAACGUCAGUGCCUGUGACACGUAGCUUGUGUUCACUAUUUUGUCAACUUCAAAGCCACAACGAUGUAUGUUGAAUCUCUUAUUUCGAAGGGCAAAACAGAAUGAAUUUUAGAAAUGUUCGUUGACUUAUGAAGGAUUUAAAUAGCAUGCUGUAAAAUAGUAAGAUAUUUUGUUUAGACGCAAAACAGAAUGAAUUUGAAAAAUGUUCGUUGACUUAUGAAGGAUUUAAAUAGCAUGCUGUAAAAUAGUAAGAUAUUUUGUUUAGACGCGCGACAGUCGUAAACCGUAGCCAAGAAUUAGAGGUUGAUGCAAGCCAAUUGCCGUCGGCAGAGUUGAUUGGUCAUUGGGAAGUUACUCGACGUGGAGGAUCGAUUACAUUCAAGGAAGGACACCUCUAUGAGUUGGAAAUAAAGUUUAACUACAGUUCUGAAAACUCAUCGCGCAGUAGGCUAAAAUCUUGUUUGGGAGCGGCUCGUUCAUCUUGUUUUUAAGGACUUUUUUGUAAAGCAAUGGUGGGCAGACUAAACUUGCUGAAUGUAUGUGACAACGACCCAUUGGAUAUGAGCUGCAAAGCCGAGCGGGGACUUGACAGCCCGGACUCCGGACUACCCCCCAGCCCCAGUCCGAGCCACUGGCUGUUACCUGACUGCAGGGAUAAAGGUGCCAUAAGCCCGGUGUCUGAAGACGAGAGCAGAGGGUCAUCCUUGGUUCCCAUUUUAUCGAUUGGAUCUGUGCCUCAGCUGCACACCUUGUCCUACGGGGAGGGCAUAGAACUUGAUCCACUACUGACCAAGGAAAUACGAUACACGUCGUCUGUCCACUAUGACUCAGAGCGUCACUUUAUCCAUGACAUGGCCAUGCAGCCCAGAGGCCUGGGUCUGGAGAACUGCAGCCAGAUGGUCCUGGCUGUCCCUCACAGCACCUGGAGACACUACAAGACCCAGCUGGACUUCCAGCCUCGCCAACGGGCCCAGCGCUUCCAGAGCACCACCAUCGUCUACCCCAAGCACGCUCGCACCAUCUACACAACCGAGCUGAGCUACGACAGUCGGCGGCUUGCCAGGAGAUUCAUGUCGCGGGUGGAGCUGGAGGCUGCUGACCGGAGUAGGCUACCCCAGUAGGUUAGGGGAAGACUGAGCACGGCCUGGGGGAAAAUUCCCUGGGCCCUAUGGGGGCCAAUCAUCCCUCAGGCUGACACCAACAAUGGACCCAGGUUACAGACAGUCAUCUAUUAGUUUAGAUUGGAAAGCAUUGUAGCCCACAUUUGUGUACCAGUCUCAAGAGGAGGAAUCUGAUCUGGAGUAUCAAACAAAUAGCAGGGACAUCUGUGUGAGGCUGCCAUCUACCAAAGGGUUUAUCCAUUAGUAGCGAGUAAAUAUAUUUCUCUGGUAUGUCAAAGUUGGAUUCAUUUUAAUGCAGUGUGUUGAACUGUGGACUGAGACCGGUGAUUGUGAAUACUAUCACCGUGGAGGAACUUGUAAAACAGAUUUGGAAGUGAAGGAUUGUUAGGGAAGUGUAGUCCGGACCAUCACUGUGAAAACAUUGUGUUUAGGCCUAACCAUUGCAGUGGGGCUCAAUGAACAAUGACCCUACAUUAUAAGAUUCUAAGGCAAUAGUGGAGUUUCCAUGUGGCUUUUGUAAAUAUUCACAUUUGUAGACACACAGGGAGUUGUCAAAUUACUGUCUAUUACUGGGCUUUAAUAUGUCUCUUCAAAUCACAGGGUAUUAUGGGGUAUUGGUUGCACAAUAUUACUUACCACAAGCAGAAUAUCCUAGCCUAUAGUGUAACACCAAACCCCAUCUUAGUCUUGCCUAAACAUACACAUUUACUGUAUGGUCAUGGAGCAGAACAAGUUUUCUUUCAAAUUGUGUAAAAGUGUUUUUUUUUUUUUUUUCACAGAGAUCAUUGCAAGUUGAUAUUAGUUGGUAAUGAGUAGCAAGAGAUUAUCCAAUGUGUCAUUAUUGUUCUGUUAUACAUUUUUAACAUUUUCCUAAUAGUGAAGUAUUGUUUUUACUAACAUCUUGUGAACUGUCCCUCAACAGUUCAUUAUCUUUGCCUAUCACCUUCUGGUUGCUUCCAUAGGUUUUGUUUUAUGUAUGUAUUUGAUGCUCAUCAACUCCUUCUGGUAGCCUAAUAGCAAUACACGGCUAUCUUCCCUCAAGGUCUUACAAGGAUGCACAUCUAGAGAACUUGAACUGUCUUGAGAUAAGUGCCUUUUGAAGUCAAAUGGUAUUGCUUUUAAGCUCUGUUAGUAGAUUUGAGAAGUUACAAUUAUUUUUUUAUGUACUCAAUGCGAUACAUCAAUUUAAAAUAUAAUCUUGUCAGUA